UUGUUGAAGCAAUGUGCAAUAGCUCUGGUAAUAGUCAAUUUUCCAACAAGAAUAUUUGGCGUUGUUAUCUAAAACAAAAUGGAUAAUAAUAACAAAAAUUUGCACAACAUCGUAGACAUGAUCGAAGAUGAUUAUAAGAUAAAAAAAGUAAAAGAAUCAAGCUUAUUGUUGAAACAAAAAAUGUGCAAAACCCAUGAUUUAAUUAAGCAAUAUACCGAAAAAGUAAGAGAAACUGAUCGUUUGAAAUUAGAUCUGGAAGUUAUAAAGAAGGAUGCAAAUUCUAUGAAAUCCAAGUACAAAUCUGCCACAGAUGAAACAAGAAAAUUAGAACUUCAAAUUACAGAAGAUAAAUUCAAAAAUGAAAAGUUAUCAAAUAAGAUAGAUGAAUAUGAGAUAAAUAUAGCAGCAGAUAAGCAGAUUAUACAACAAUUAACAUCUAAAAUAAAAGAGUUGGAAGAUGAGUGUUCUGCUAAAAUUAUGGAGUACGAUCUGCAGAAAUCAUUUUACAAAGGUAAAAUUAGAGAUUUAGAACAUGAAUUGGAACAAAAACCAAAAGUGACGCAUAAGAGAAAGGACAAAAAAAUCAUUUCCAACAAUUCUGAUACUGUUAAAUUAACGGAGGCAAAAUCUAAUUCGGAUAUUGGUAUAAAUGUAUCAUUAUGUGAUAGUGAAUUAAGUAUGAAAUCUGUACAAGAAAAGAGCAUCAUGACUGACGAAUUUUAUAAUAUCAAGGAUGAUCCACAUCCACUAUUUUGUGCAAAAUGUGAAUCUCGUUUGCCCUUAGCUUUAACUCCUGAAAAAAUAUGCAAAACAAUGUGCUCGUAUCCAGAAUUAAUUGAAAAAGAUUUUUUAUCAUCAAAUGAAAUUCUUCUUUCACCACGUUUAAUUCCCAAUACAUAUCCAGAUUCCACAAAUAGAAAUGAAGAUGUUCUUUCUAGAGCGUUAUCUACAUCGUCAUAUCUGAAUCUAUGUAGCCAAUAUAAUGAUUCAACAGCUGACAAUUGGAAAUCUCGAUCGACUUUUCAUUCAAUGUCUGCAACGAUGCAAAAUUGCGAAAAUGAUGAAUUAAGAAAUGCGGAUUUUACAACGCAUACUCGGAUUGCUACAAAACCAUCUCGAAAUAAUCUUGGCUCAAUUUCUGAAUCAUCAUCCUCAUUUCAAAGUAUGGACUGUGUGAGAAAAGAUUCAUAUUCCAAUGACUUAUUAGCUAAGCACUCUUCAUCUAUUGAAGAGAUAAAGAAACAAAUUGGAUUAUUAGAAAGACAAAUGAAAAAAUUUAAAAGAUUAAAAGAAAAGCCAAAUACUAAUUCUUGUCAUUGUGUUAUGAAGUAUAAUGAUAGUGCUUUGCUAAAUUCGAAUCUAUUUGCCAUAAUCUGCAAAGGUAUUGCAGAAUAUUACGAUAAAAGGACGAAAACGUGCUCUAAAACUGCGCGAGAUAUUUAUUCAGAGAAGGGUAAAAAAGGAAAGCUAAAGAGACAUCGGUUAAACAAAUAUAAUGAAAAUAAAAGUACAUCUUUGUGGAAAAUUGAGAACAUUGAUGAAAGAUAUCUACAAGAUAAAGAAAAACUUUAUAAUAAGUCUGAAGAUACUAAGAAAGCGACUACAUGUGAUAUUUUACAAUCUAAACUAUGUAUAAAUAAGUGUAAUGAGAUAUCGUAUGUAAAUGAAUCCAAUAAGUUCCUUAGUGACAUUGAUGAUUGUGACAAAAAAAAAUUUAUUUUCUGUAAAGAGAAUGCAUUGAAUUCAGCAGAAAGGACGUCUAUUGAAGAUGUUCUAACAAUGUCACAUUUAAGUAGUCCAGAUAAGUUAUAUGACAAUAUUGAAGAAAUAAGCAAUAAUUCUUUUAAUGAGGAUAAUGUAAAAUCUAUCAAUAUGGAUUGUCAGACAAAAAUGGAGAUGAAAGUUUCAUCAUGUAACAGUGAUAUUAGCAUUGAUGAUGCUGAUAACAGAAUUGCUGAUGUAAUUUUAGAAGAAAAUAAAAUAAAAAGGAAAAAUCAAAAUAAAGCGACAUAUAACGAUCGUUUGUUUAAAAAAAUGCGUAACUUAAAGAGAAAAGCGCAAGCAAAUUCACAUGUAAAUACAGAAGAAAGUAUUGAAUUAUACUCUGAAGAUUAUAAACCAAUGAAAAAGUUGCGGAUUGCGCAUACUCCAAAAACAGCAGUUUUUCAACCAAGUACCGAUCAAGAUUUUACACCUUGCACUAUACAAAGUAAAUCUAAUUCAAAAGCGUCGCAACAAAAGAAUAAUCGACGAUUAAGUACACAAAUUUUGAAAGAUAAUUUAUUAACCAAGAACAAAGAAAAUUGUACAAUAAGCAAGAAAUGUGACGAAAAGAAUGCUGAUGAAUUUAGUGAGACAAACAGUAUUGAUGACAAAAGAUGUACCAGAAAAAUAUACGAGAAAAACUUAGUCUCGACGAAUAAUGAAAAUUGCCUUCAAAAUAAUAACAACCUCAAUCUGUCUAUUAGGGAUAUUAAGUGUGCAUCUACAGUUACAGAAUUUGAUAAACAUAAUGAUGUCUCGAUUGAGGAUACAAGGAAAGAAAGUAUAUCAAAGGAGAGAUUAACAAUAGAAAUGUCAAAUAAUUGCCAUGAGUUUGAUGUAUCACAUAAUAAUGUUCCAGAUAAUACAGCGAAAGAUUUAAAGCUUGAAAAAAUCCCACUACAAACACAAGUUAUUAUCCAAUCAGAAUCUGGUGUUCACUGUAAAGAUUCGAAAUAUGACGUAUAUAAAUUUACUGAAAAUUUACAAAUAGAAGCGACCGAUAUUACUAAAAAAGGAAUAUCGCCGAGUAUCGAAUUGAAAUACAUUUAUAAUACAGAAGUACAUAACAGUAUAAUACAGAAGACAGUUAAAGACAAAAGUGAUUGUGGCAAUCAUGAGGCAUCGAAGAAUAUGAAUACAAAUGAAUCAAUAUCGAAUCAGUCGAUUGUGAUGAAAGCAACGGGACACGAAAAUCAUAAUAAUCAUGAUGUACCUAAUGAAGUUCCUGAAAUACAAUAUUUGCAAAGAGAUAGUGAAAUCAUUGUUGAGAAUUGUACAGAUGACAAUGGUGUAGAUGUAUCUCUCAAAAGAGUAAGAAAUACAUUAGGGGAGCAAGAAGAUGUGUGUGCUAAUGAUAAGCUAACUGAGAUAGAUACUGUCGAAUUUCAACAAGAAAAUGCGCAAGAAAUAUGCGCGAAUCAAGACAAAGAAACAAAAUUUAUCGAUCAUAUCUCUUAUAAUAAUGUCAAACAAUUUCAAACACCAAUGUCUCAAUUAACUAAAUAUAUUAACACAAAAUGCGUCAAUCAUAAACUAUCACAGAAGAAGACGAUAUAUAAUUGUACAAUUACAGACAAGUUUGUGAAGAAACAAUUGAGAAGACUUGCAAACAGUACCUGGGAAAAUUCUGUACAUUAUGAUGUAAUACAAAAAUUGGCAAAUACAUGUGGGCCGCGUAUUAUAGCCAAAUGCAUAGUCGAAUUUUUGUUAGAGGAUGUCGAACUUGACCAAACUCUAGAUAAAUCAUUCACUCCACCAGCACCAUUGAUGACAACAUUUGAGCAGAAGAUCACAGCAUUAUUAGUUGAUUUAGAAGUGUCAAAACCAACGGUCUCACAUUUUGUACAAGUUGCUAUUGAAUAUAAGCUAUUCAAACUUCAUGCUGAAAUGAAGACCCGAGUUGACUCACUCACGCGGAUGUAUCUUGUCUUGUCGCGUAUCCAGAAAGACAGGGGAAAAGUACGCAUAAUGUGCUGCAAUGCUCUCUACUGCAUGAAUCUUAUGUCGAUAAAUGUUUUAUAUACAGUGUUUACAUCCUGGCCUGAAGUACUUCCCAAUGCUGAAAUUAACAAAGAAAUAUUACCAACAUGCAUAGCCUUUCUUAUCGGAUCACAACGUAUCCACGGUACACCAUCACAAAAAUUAUUAAAAAGAUUACUUGCGUUAAAGGGAUUAGUAUUGACAUUUUAUAAAUAUGCUUAUACUAAGCAAGCAAGAGAUGAUAUUGUUAAAGAGCUCAUAACUCUUCUUAAAACUAAACGGACUAAUGGUUUAGAUACAGCCAUUAUACUUGUUGCAAAGAGAGAAGGAUCAUCUUGGACAUAUACAAAUAUCCUUCAAUCUACUCUAUUGCCAAUGAUUAUCAACUAUGAACAUCCUUGUAUAUAUAGUGCAUUUUCUCUACUUGGAAAGCUUAUACGUGCAUUCCCAUCAGAAGAUGAAGGCAAUAUUGUGCUGGAGAUUAGUGAACAGCUUUGUGACCUUAUACAGUCUGGCCAAGGUACGCACGAUCAACAAGAAGGCAUAAUAUCUGCAUUGCUAAGUAUUUCCAGACAGAAAUUCGACAUUGUUGCGCCGUCUAUAAUAAAGUGGACGCCGAGUAAACCUUUAAGACCAACUAUCAUCACACAGUUACAAGCGUUUAUAAAUACACGUAAUCGAAAAUUUUGGAAAAAUUAUUUGCAGCGUAUCUAAUCAAAUUAAAACACGCCAUGCCAAUUAUAUUAAGUGAUAGACUGAUGUUUGCAUCUUUCAAUUAUCAUUUUAAUGUUUUACAGCUAAUUAACCAAAAUUACAAUGAGAAACAAGAUAUGAUGUAUUACGACAUAUUUAUUAUUGCAUUGUGAUAUAUUUUUUAUUGCAUAUUGUUUAAAAAUUUUCGAUCCAUUCCUCAUUCUGUUUUAG